AUGCCUGAUUUCGGACAAGCUACCGAUCUCAAAGCAUGGUCGGCCCUUGUUGACCAUCACAACGCCGUCGGCCGCAAUAUUGUUCUCAAGGAAGCAUUCGAGAAGGACCCACAGAGAUUUGAGAAGUUCAAAAGAGUCUUCAAAAAUCCUGUCGACAAUUCAGAGAUCCUCUUCGACUUCUCCAAGAACUUCGUCACCGAGGAGACUAUUGAUCUCCUUGUCAACCUUGCAACAGAGGCUGAGCUCGAGAAGAAGCGAGAUGCCCUCUUCGCUGGCGAGAAAGUUAACUUCACUGAGCACCGAGCUGUCUUCCACCCUGCUCUCCGAAAUGUGACAAAUGAGCCCAUGGCCGUUGAAGGCAAGAGUGUUGUGGAGGAGACCAACUCUGUCCUAGAUCAUAUCAAAGAAUUCACAGAGCAAGUCCGCAGUGGAACAUGGAAGGGCUACACUGGCAAGAAGAUCGCCACCAUUGUCAACAUCGGCAUUGGUGGAUCUGAUCUUGGCCCUGUCAUGGUCUCCGAAGCUCUCAAGUAUUAUGGAGACAGAAGUUUGAAGCUUCAUUUUGUCUCCAACAUUGAUGGCACCCAUAUCGCCGAGGCCCUCCGAGAUUCUGACCCCGAGACAACCCUGUUCCUCAUCGCCUCCAAGACCUUUACCACAGCCGAAACCGUAACCAAUGCCAACACUGCCAAGUCGUGGUUCCUCAAAUCAGCAAAAGAGCAGGACAUUGCCAAACACUUUGUUGCGCUCUCGACAAAUGCUGAAGAGGUGGCCAAGUUUGGCAUUGACACCAAGAACAUGUUCGGCUUCGAGAGCUGGGUUGGUGGAAGAUACUCAGUCUGGUCCGCCAUUGGAUUGUCAGUGGCUCUCUAUAUUGGCUAUGACAACUUCCACCAGUUCUUGUCCGGUGCCCACGCUGUUGAUGAGCACUUCCGAAAAACCCCUCUCAAGGAGAACAUCCCCGUCAUUGGUGGUCUCCUGAGUGUCUGGUACUCCGACUUCUUUGGUGCCCAAACCCACCUUGUCGCUCCAUUUGACCAAUAUCUCCACCGCUUCCCAGCCUACCUGCAACAAUUGACCAUGGAGUCCAACGGGAAGGCAGUCACCCGCACCGGCGAAUAUGUCAAAUACACCACCGGUGCCAUCUUCUUCGGCGAGCCCGCCACGAAUGCUCAGCACUCAUUCUUCCAGCUGUUGCAUCAAGGCACCAAGCUCAUCCCAACCGAUUUCAUCCUCGCGGCCAACUCUCACAACCCCGUUGAGGGAGGAGUGCACCAGAGAAUGCUGGCUUCCAACUUCCUCGCCCAAGCUGAAGCCCUUGCCAUCGGCAAGUCUCCCGAAGAGGUCAAAGCCGAAGGUACCCCUGAAGAGCUCGUCCCCCACAAGACCUUCCUCGGAAACCGACCUACCACCAACAUCUUGGCCGACAAGAUCACCCCUGCCACACUGGGUGCCCUUAUUGCUUACUACGAAUGGCUGGUCUUUACCGAAGGUAUUGUCUGGAACAUCAACAGCUUCGACCAGUGGGGCGUGGAACUCGGCAAGGUCCUGGCCAAGAAGAUCCAGAAAGAACUCGAGACCGAAGGUGCAGGCGCAGGCCACGAUUCCUCAACUUCCGGAUUGAUCGCCGCUUUCAAGGCCAAGGGCGGCUUGAAGUGA